UGUGGUGAUCGAAAACGAAAUGUCGAAAAAGUAAUAAGUGACCGUUUGUGAUGUGUCGUGUCACCUAUUUUGAUUUGUUUACAUAUUUUAUAAAAGAUAAUAUUGAUUGUAUCAUUAACUUAAUUAUAUUUUGGAUUAAUUAGUUAUUAACUAAAAGUACAUUAAGCUUUUCAACAUGACUUUCACUUAAAUUUAUUAUGAAAGAUCAAAAUUUGGCAUUCUAUGGCUUCAGUAUUGAUGCCGCCAAAAAAAGUCGUGUAAUAAACGGGAUAUUGAAUCGUCUGAUCACAGGUGUGGAACGUGAUAUAGAAAUAGUGACAAGUACUCCAGUAUCUGGAAGGACAAUGGAAAUUUCAUUUUCUAAGCACUACAAUUUCCACAUAACGGUGGACUAUGACAGUGGCUACAUGUCCCAUCAUCAAGAAUCUAACUCGGAUUCUUCUUCAGAACACCUAGGUGAAAGCAUACCUAAUCCUCCUUCCACCAGACCUAUAUAUUUAAGUGAAGAUGCCCUUUUGGAAAAGCCAGAAGUGAGUGUCAAGUCAAAAAAUGUGGAAAUAGAAAAUAAUGCAGAUGAGAAAACUACAAAAUUGAGCACAGAUUUUGGAAGAGAUAAUUCUGUUGAAUCUAGAAAUUUAUUCCCAUCUCCUGACACAGUUUUGUCCACUUCAGUCUUAAGUCAAAGAACAACUUUUAGUGGGUUUGACGAUUCCGAUUCAAACACGUCCUUAGAAAUACACUGUUCAAAGCAGAUUAUAAUAGAAAAUGUGAAUUAUGCUGUUAGAGAUAAUAACUUACGCUGCAGUGACAUUAAUUGCCAUUUAAAUAUUAGUGAUACUGUUAGUUUAAUUAGUCAAAGAAAUGCUCAAUUCCAUAACUGUAUACAAUCUGAAAUUGGACAGAAUUAUUCUUGUGAAUAUGGAAAUAAUAUAACUUCUUUUUCACAACAUACUGAUCAAUAUGAGGAAGAUGAAAAUUGUUCAGCUCUAAAAAAUAUAACAAAUACGAGUAAUACAAAAAAUAAUGAAAAAAAAAGGUUAACUCUUAUAUUUUCAAAAAAUGAUAAAGAAAAUGUAUAUAGUGUUAAAAGAAAAUAUCAAAGUAUUAGCCCGGAAAAACACUUUUCUCCUCAAAGAAAUGAUAUAAGUUUGGACAAGACUAUCACAGUGGAAAAAAGUUCAACGCCAAACCUUGUUAUGGAAAAUGAGACUGAGGAAAAUGAUUUGACCUGUAGUGAUAAUCCAGAAAAUAGCAUAAAUUUUGAUAAGGAUUCUGUAAUAGAGAAAACUGUUAAUAUUGAAAAUGAACUUAAAGGGGCAGGCAACUUUGAUAACAGUGAAAGUCCAAAAAAAGAAUUAAUUUUGAGAAAAGAAUUGGAUUUGGAAAAAAUAGUUCUUGAGCAAGAAGAUUCUGAAUAUUGUCCUGUCUUUGUUUCACCAGAAAAGAAAGGAUUUAAUGAGCCUAAACAAAAAUUAUUGGAGCACCAACAAAAGCCACCAUUUAUUAAUACACCAACAAAGAAAUUUGAGAAUCCUGUUGAUCCAAAUAUCAGUCCAGAUUUAUUUGAACACGAUGACUUGCCACACGAAGUCACAAAGGAACUUCCACCUCUGAAUUACAUUGCAGAGGAGAAAUAUAUUAUUAAAAAAGACCAGAGGAUUCUUAAAAGAGCCCAGAAUAGCUUGAAGGGCGUUUUACCUCCACACAGCGUUACUGUAGUGCAACUCUCAGUCAAUGAAAUGUUGAAUAGACUCGAGACUAAUAAGCAGUAUUUUUGGGUAAAUGACAGAGUUGGUGGAAAAUUUAAUACUGAGACGAAUAAUGACCAGCUAGAUACCAGCAAUGACAGCAAUUGUGAGGGACAAUCGAAGUCAUUGCUUGUUACGGGAAAUAAGGACUGUGUUGAUUUAGAUUUCCCACAAAUUCUUCAGCAACGGUACCAUGGUUUGCAUCACAAUCGAAGUAAGCUGUCUGAGGAGUUCGAAGAAUUGUGUUUAAAGUACGGGCAGAGAUAUGUCGGCGCUGAAACGCAGUCAACGUGCACCGUGUUUGAAACGAACUUCAUAAGCCCUACAAAGCGCAAGCAGACAAAGCAACGUUGGGCUGUAAAGUCACCUGGUAGGCGAUUGAGUCACCUUGCUAGGAGGAGAAUUACUUUCUCUAGUGCUAAUUUACAAGGAGGGCCGUCUUCCCUCAUGGGUUCACGAGCUAGACAAAUCCUGGUUGACGCAAAAAAACUGGACCUGUUGAAUCGACGGAGGAGUCCACGGAAGAGCCCCAGGAAGAACUUUAGAAGGACACCAAGGAAAACUCCCAGUAAAAGUCCAAGGCUGAAGUCCCGUACCCCUAGCAGCUCAGCCAAGAAGAAGCUGGCCAUGCGGUUUCGUGAAUUAGCUGGAGAAAUUGAAAAAACCGUACCAACCACAUCGUCAGACAAAGCUGUAUUUUCUUCGAAGCGUGCACUGUUUCGAAGUCCCGAUCAUGAUAAAAAACUUAGUUUUUUCCAACCUAGUACGUCCGGCUUGUCUACAUUCGAAAAUGAAUUGAAGAAACCAGGCACAAAGAGGGCCUUGUUUAUAUCCCCUAGUAAAAGGUCACCGUUGAAGAACUCCCCUUUCAAAAGGUCCCCCUUCAAACGCCGUCUAGAUUUAGGUGUCGAGAGGAAACGGAAGCGGACGGAUUGCGACGAUGCGCCUCCCUCAAAACUGGCUAGAAGCGUGUCGGUUGAUAUCCGUCCUUCGGAGUCCGAGGUGGGUACAAAAUUCAGCAGGGCCAAGAGUGAAAUGAGUAUAUCCCUGAACAAGUCCCAGGUGGGACCUUCUGGAGAGUUGAGCGCCGUACAUAAAAAGAAACUCCAGUGGGCGGUAUACGAGGCCCUCCGUUCACAAGACAUCACUCCAAACCACCCCCAAUUCAAAAUAUUUGCGUCUGUCUUAGCUCGCGUGACAAGACGGUUUCUUCCAAGCUUAGCGAGCAGCGGACCUAAAGAAUGUGGCACCACCGAGAAAAUGCUGAGGAUCGCCCGUUUCCACGUUUAUGCGGUCAUCAAAGGUAAAUCGGUGGACGAAAUUAUCAGCGAACACCUGAGGAGCAGAGCGAGAAAUGCCAAACCUCAGGGCUAUAUAGGUCCCGGCGACUUAAAUGAGAAAAAGAGUUCUGAAGUGUCGAGUAAGGAAAGUAGUGCACGAGCUCAGUUUAAUACCCGAGAAAGUGUCGAUAGGAAGAAGGUAGAACAGCAGGUUAAACCUAAAAUUGGGACGGAAAAUAGGAUAGAUCGUAUUCGCAAGGUUAUUAAUUUUGGGGAUGAUAACAGAUAAAUUAUGGGUACGUUUAGUAAGUUAGUGCAAAUAAACUCAUUUCGAUAUAUACUGUUGUAUUGCAUCAUUUAAUAAUAUUUCUGUAUUAAAAAAAGGUAUGUUUGAAAACAUUUGUUGUAAUUACAGGUAAAAAUUUUAAUCAAUGAAAAACUGUGGUGAAUUUUCAAAAUUUCUAGUCUUGGUAUGAUUUUAUUUCCGUCACGUGCAAUACCGAUGCACAUUGAUUUUAAAUUCUGACAUAUUUAGAUUAAUAUCUGGAAAAUAAAGUGUUCUGAUUUUUUACUUUGGGUCUUUUUAUAAUUUAUUUUAAACAGUGACUUUAAGACUCCUUGUGUAUGUAUAUACUGUAGUCAUCUGGUUGUUGAGUAAUAAAUAUUUUAAUUUU